AUGACUGAGAGCAAGUAUGUGUCUAGUUGGUACAAUCUUCAUUCCAAAGUUCCAGAAUCUUAUGUGCAACCUCUGGACAGAAGACCUUGCAAUGCUGUCAUGUCCUCUAACAAGACAAUCCCAGUGAUUGAUCUUGCCGGAAAUGAUCGCGACGAGAUCAUAAAAAACAUCAUCAAAUCCUCCGAAGAAUACGGAUUUUUUCAGGUUGUGAAUCAUGGAGUUGCUAAGGAGUUAGUGGAUGAAACAUUAAGGAUUUUCAAAGAAUUUCAUGCUUUGCCUGCUGAUGUGAAAGAAAGUGAAAGCUCUAAGGAUGCUAAACAAAGCUGUAAGCUCUAUACAAGCAGUGGAAGGAACGUUGCUGAUGUUGCUAAGUAUUGGAAAGAUUCAUUGAAACAUCCUUGUCCACCAUCAGGAGAAUUCACUGAGUAUUGGCCUGAGAAACCUGAGGGAUACCGUGAAAUUGUCGGAAAAUACACACAAGAACUAAGAGCACUUGGGCUAAGAAUUUUGGAACUGAUUUCUGAAGGAUUGGGUUUAAGCCCGGGUUACUUCUCUGGAGAUCUAAGUGAAAAUCCAAUAAUUUUAUCUCACCAUUACCCUCCUUGCCCAGAACCAGGUUUAACAUUGGGAGCUUCAAAACACAAAGAUCCAAACACUUUAACCAUUCUUUUUCAAGAACCAAAUAUCACUGCACUUCAUGUCAUGAAAGAUGGUGCUUGGAUUCCUGUUGAACCAAUUUCUGAUGCCUUUGUUAUUAACAUGGGCUUCAUGCUUCAGAUAAUUACUAAUGGGAGGCUUAUUGGUGCUGAACAUCGAGUUGUAACAAACUCAAGUCCUAGUAGGCAUACUAUUGCUUAUUUUAUUAAUCCAAGUAAAGAAGCAAUUAUAGGACCUGCAAAGGAGGUUACAAGUUCUACUUCACCACCCAUUUAUCCAUCCAUGCCAUUUGGAGAAUUGUUGGAGAAAUUUAUGAACAAUGGUCCUUACUUUGAAUCACAAUUUCGCUUGUAA